AUCAUUCUCUAUGGGCUAUACCAGACAUACUUAUCUGGCUAUAUAAAGAUACUUCCUGUAAAGGCACAAUAAAGUGUUGUUCACAGGUCUUUUCUUCCGUUUAUUUUUCGAAAAAAAGGCUUCGUUACAGCAUUAGCAACGGAUGACAAUGUCUCCAGCAGUAAAUGUAUAGUUUAUAGGAGCUUAUUAUCCGUUCUGUUUUUAGAUAAUAAUGAAUUAUCUAGCUAGCAACGUUAGCUAACGGUAGUAUACCAGUUCUGGACAGCCGGGAUUAUUACUCAUCCUAGUUAAAACGCUUAGCUAUAUUAUAACAGUCUAGAGUAUUGGAACCUUAAUUUAAAAAGUUUCUUUCUCCAGCGGAUGAUGAGGAUGAGGGCCUGUUCGGGUGUUUGGAGUAUAUCCUUCCCAUCCGACUCAUGAAAGAAAAAUGAUUUGUCCAAUUCGAGAUGUCAGUGGAACUCGAUGUGUUUGUGGGUAACACCACCAUUAUGGAUGAGGAAGUCUAUCAGUUCUGGCUGGAUGGCUACACAGUGAAUGAUGCAGUGAAGGUUCGUAUGGAGGGAGGGGUAUUGGAGGAGUGUGAGGCCAGUGCUGAGGUUUUGCGCAGUGACACCAUGGACCAGUACAGAACCUUCCAGAUGUGUGAGCGCCUCCUGCACAGCCCCGCCAAACUGGCCAAUCAACUGCUGUUCCAGAUCCCACCUCAUCGCCAGGCCAUGCUCAUAGAGAGGUACUAUACGUUCGAUGGCGUGUUUGUACGUGAGGUCCUUGGGAAGAAACUCUCGAAGGGGACCAAGAAGGACCUGGAUGAUGUUAGUGCAAAGACUGGUGUCACACUGAAGAGCUGCAGGCGGCAGUUUGAUAACUUCAAGCGUGUAUUCAAAGUUGUGGAGGAACUGAAGGGACCCCUGGUGGAAAACAUUCGUCAGCACUUCCUUCUCUCUGACAAGCUGGCCAGGGAUUACGCUGCCAUUGUUUUCUUUGCUAACAAUCGCUUUGAGACGGGGAAGAAGAAGCUGCAUUAUCUUACAUUCCAGGACUUUGCCUUCUGUGCAGGGCAGCUCAUCAGCAACUGGACCGUGGGAGCAUUGGAUAACCUGGUGGAAGACAUGGACGUGGAUCUUGAGAAGGAGUUCUUACAAGAUCUAAAGGAACUGAAGAUUUUAAUCACUGACAAGGAUCUGCUGGACCAGCACAAGAGUUUGGUGUGCACGGCUCUCCGGGGGAAGACCAAAGCAUUUAAUGAGAUGGAAGCCAACUUCAAGAAUCUCUCCAGAGGCCUUGUCAACAUUGCUGCCAAAUUAACCAACACGAAAGACGUCAGAGACUUCUUUAUUGAUCUGGUGGAAAAGUUUAUUGAGCCGUGUCGGUCAGACAAAUGGACAGCAGGAGACAUGAGGCUCUACCUCACUCACUACACUAACUCUGCACACAUACUUGACACAUUCAAACACCAGGUAGUGUGGGACAGGUACAUGGGAGUGAUCAAAAGCUGCAUCCUCAAAAUGUACCAUGACUGAGAUGUUGCCUCGCUCAACUUCCUGUCCUCUUUAUAUCCGAGUCAUGUUGUCUUUUUUUUCUCCUCUGCAGUCGUCAUAUAAAUCCUCCGCUCCCUCUGUCAGAUGUUUUCCUCCAAUCCUAGUGCCCACAUUUCUCCUUUCUUCAUGUCUUUCUGCUGUUUUGUUUACUUCCUUCCUCCCUCUUUUCUCUCUCACUUCUCGGUCUGUUCUGACACCCUACUCUGCAAUGUCAUCUUGCAAAUCAUAUCAUUUGUGUUGUGUACUGAACAACAAUAGAAACGCAACAUGUAAAGUGUUUGUCUCAAAUUUUGUGCACAAAUUUGUUUACAUCCCUGUUAGUGAGCUUUUCU